CACCGAUCCUGGCCCAAGGCCAACACCAUCCGGCUGGUGGUAAAGGCGGUCUCUUCAAUGUAAAUACCACCAAAUUCUUUCAUCAUCCGGUCGCCUCUCUUACGAACAGUGCCACUAAUCCACUUGAUCCUGCUCCGCAGAUGCAGUAGUUUCCGUUGCCCAAUUCGCUACCCCCCAAACCAUAAUGAAGCGUGGCGAGCCAUUUCCAUCAUCAAUCCUAAAAUACAUGAGGACGUACAUACAACGAUUCGACUUUUCCCACCUCCUCUUUGACAUCUACAGCCGGAACCGGAGCUCAACAACAACAACAGCAGGCUUCCCACAACAGCCUCAACGUGCCGCCGACUCCGACCUACAACACAACUCCUCCGAAUGUAACGCUACUCCUGAACUGAGCGGACCUCCCGCCGGCAUGGGACCGAUGCAUCAUAAACCACCAACACAUCUCCACCAUCCGCCGCCACACGUCCACCAACACGGACCGCCGCAGAUGCCCCAGAUGCAAUUGUCCCCGCACGAUCACCGCUGCGGACUAGAGAACCUCUAUGUUCUCUUAUCAGUUCAACACCCAGCAGCAUCUUCCGCACCAUCCGAGCCCCGCGGAAAUGAAGCAAGAAGUCACUCAAUAUAAGCGGAAGUGCCGCAGCGGUUCAAAAGCAAGAAUCGAUGGAAUUGACGCCACCGCCAAGCCAGCGACGGCCGCCACCGCAUCGAUGAUUCCUGCCAAAAAGUCGUGCUAGCUUAACCUCAUCGAGAACG